AUGUACGGCGACCUCGCGCUCCAGCUUGUGACGGCCGCGCACCGCUCGACGCUGGCAACGACGCCGCAGCUCCCGCUACCCAAGUACGCGCUCCCGCUCAUCCUUUCCAUCUGCCUCGAGACGCGCCAGCUGGGCACGGCAAUCACCGAGGCGGCGGCAUCGCAGCGCGCAGAGCUGUCCCAGGACCGCGGGCUCGUCUGCGCGCUGACGAUCCAGCACCUCGCCGCGCGACGCAACAAGCGCUGUCUUCUAGCGUACCUGUCCACGCGGGUGGGCGGGAUAAAAGAACGCUGGUGGGACGCUGGCGGCGCGCUCGCGUACCUGCUGUCCCCGGCAGCCAGCUCCGGCUCGAGCGCGGACGACGCGCCGGACCUGCGGUCCGCGCUCUCGACACAAGAGCUCGACUUCAUGCGCGGGUACAAUUCGCUCGUGCUCGACUACAAGAGCGACUUUCUCGACGUGCUGGAUAUUGCGGCGGGGAUUGAUCGCCCGCCCGGCGAGCUCAUGGUCGACGUCCGCGUGCUCAAGGACGCGGGGGAUGUGGUUCUGGAUACGGGCGAGCGCGUCGAGUUCCGCAAGGGCGAGAGGUUUAGGUUGGAGAGGUCGCAGGUCGAGCGGUUGAUCGUGCAAGGGUUCUUGGAGGAGGUUUAG